AUGCCUUCACCUGUUGGUAAAGAUAAAUUGAAUGAUAAUCAUUCAGCAAAUAAACAAUGGAUACCACAAUAUAACCCAAUUCAACUGGCUGCGAUAUCCAAUUUUAAAUUGGCACAACUUACUUUUGCUCCACCUGAUUUACAUUCAUUAAGAAAGACGGCUGUCAUCAAGAACAUGUUGGAAUAUGUCUAUUCAAAUACGCCUUCUGACUGGUUACAACAGAUGACUCGUUGGCAAUUCUUUACACCAGAAUCACUUGAAGAAAUGACACAGGAAGGUUUAGAAGAGAUAUUUGCUCAAUAUGCACAAACAAUAGAAACAUUUAGACCUGUAAAACAACAACCAGACUACUAUCCACCUACAAGUUUCUAUCAUUCUACGAUGGGUGAUGUCAAUGGUCAAGAAGAAGACGAUGAAGAAAAUGAUGACGAUGGACAAGGUGACGAGUUAUGGAUAGCAGAGGAUGAACAAGCAUCAAUAAAUGCAGAAGAAGAAAAGAGAAAAACAACCCGAUCGUCCGGAUCAUCUUGUUCUUCCAUCUUUUCACAACCUAAUGCAGCUAUUUCCGCUGAAUCUUUUGAAGCACGAGGUUCAUCUCCUUUAAUCGAUAAACCACUACCAGCUAGUCCCGACGAAAAGCAAGCAAGAAGGAAGAGUGGAUUCAACGGAAAUAAGAACAGACUUAGUUGGACAAGUGAUACAGGCAUUACCUCAAGUGUUGUUUCUCAAAAUUUGGCAAACGAAAUUAUGAGUUUAUUUGAUAUGGAUUUCGCCGUAGAUAUCAAAAUUGAUACAGCGCCUAAAUUACCUGAAUUACCUUUUAAACCGAAACAACAAAAACGCCGCUCUUCGUAUGAUAUGCUCAAUAGCUUGCUGCCUGCGUUUGAAAAGAUUGCUUUUGAGAAUUCAAAUGAAAAAGCAAAUUUGGAUGAAACUCUGUCAAACAAUGAACGACAGCCACAAGAACAAAGACAGCCUUUGGUCAUACAGUCUGUACCUAAGCGAUCUUCUUCAUUAAGACAUCGUCAAGAACACGAUAUGAUAAAGCGCCAGCCUAUUAAAGAAUCGUCCUCAUUACCACCACCACCUCAACCACCUGCUCAUCAGGAGUUUCCUGAGAAAGGACUCGCCCGAAAGACAUCGUUACUCAAGUUAGCUUCCUUUGUUACAGGUAACAAAAAAGGUCAACCCGAGUUUGUGAUGAUGCAUCAAAACAAGAGUGACCCAACUGCUAAUCGUCGAGUCGAAAGCACUUCCACAUUGGAUUCGUGGUCAUCAGAAGAAAGGAUAUCUAUAAGGGAUAAACCAUUACCUGAACCACCCGUUGAAAACACCAAUACAAAGAAAUAUCUUAAAGCCCAUUCAACAAAAAAGAAGAGAAAAUCAGCAGUGGUGAUGGAAAAGACAAUGUCGAAACACAAAGCAUUUCAAUCGAUCUAUGAUGAAGAUAAUAAUAGUAGUUUACCACCAAAGGGAUUAAAUCGAUCAAAAUCAGCAUUCAUAAAAUUAGGUGGUAAUAAGAAACAAGUAAGGAGGGUAUCAUCUGCAAAGAAUCUUACGACUUAUAAAGAUGAUCAUGGCUUUGUCAAAAGAAUGGCAUCCCUCAUGAAACGUACAACCAAACCUGUUGAGGCAUAA